CACAGUUCCAGGGAGCCUCGCUGUCCUCGCUGCGGUCUCUGCGGGGGCAGCGGCCGCAGCUUGCUAGAGGCUUUACUCGUCUGGGGCCCAGCCGCGUCACCACGCCCCGGGAACGCCCACCACCCUGCUUCUGCCCGCGGGAAGGGGGCGUAUGCAAACAGUCUGGAGUCCCAAGCUCCUGAUUGGUCGGUCCGAGGCCUCCUCCCCGCCGUCCUCCCGCGGCCGGCGCCGUGGGCAUGCGGGCGCGGCCCGCGCGCGCGUGAGAGGAUGGGGACGCAGGGCAGCCCGGUCAAGAGCUACGACUACCUGCUCAAGUUCCUGCUGGUGGGCGACAGCGACGUGGGCAAGGGCGAGAUCCUGGAGAGCCUGCAGGACGGCGCGGCCGAGUCCCCGUACGCCUACAGCAACGGGCAUCCUCCUGGUGUAUGACAUCACCAACCGCUGGUCCUUUGAUGGCAUCGACCGGUGGAUCAAGGAGAUUGAUGAGCACGCACCCGGGGUUCCCCGGAUCCUGGUUGGGAACCGGCUGCACCUGGCCUUCAAGCGGCAAGUUCCAACGGAGCAGGCACGCGCCUAUGCAGAGAAGAACGGCAUGACCUUCUUCGAGGUCAGCCCUCUGUGCAACUUCAAUGUCAUUGAGUCCUUCACGGAGCUGUCCCGCAUCGUGCUCAUGAGGCACGGCAUGGAGAAGAUCUGGAGGCCCAACCGAGUGUUCAGCCUGCAGGACCUCUGCUGCCGGGCCAUCGUCUCCUGCACCCCGGUGCACCUCAUCGACAAGCUCCCGCUGCCCGUCACCAUCAAGAGCCACCUUAAGUCCUUCUCGAUGGCCAACGGCAUGAACGCUGUCAUGAUGCAUGGCCGCUCCUACUCGCUGGCCAGUGGGGCGGGCGGGGGCAGCAGCAAGGGCAACAGCCUCAAGAGGUCCAAGUCCAUCCGCCCCCCGCAGAGCCCGCCCCAGAACUGCUCCAGGAGCAACUGCAAGAUCUCCUAGCGGGCCGGGCCGGGCGCCACCCCGUCCAGGUCGCUCCGGGAGGGCUCGCGCUCGGGGAGCGUUGCUGGCCGGGCGCUGGGCCUGGCGCCGUGUGCAGGGAAGGCUUUGACCUCACCGCCUCCUGGGAAGCGUGGGGGCUCACCGUGCGGGCAGGGGUCUCGGCCAGACGAGCUCCGCGGGACCGGAGAGAGCCGCAGGGGUCUUGGCGGAACAAGCCUGGGAGCCGAUCGAUCGUGCGCCGCGGCUGGGAAGCGCCCAGGAGGCAGCUCUGCCCGGCCCCGGCCUCGGGGGGCUGUCCUUGGGACCCAGGAGGCCUGGCUCCCUUUCUUAUUUAUGUGGAAGAUGUUCACUUUUUUGUACAUUUUUAAAGGACAGACAGGGAGGCCUUGACGCAGCCGCACGUGAGCCUGACAGCUGUGGGCCGAGCUUCGGGACCUUAGGGAGGGGAUUGGAGGCAAAGACAAGGACCCCUGGGACUUCACCCUUUGAAUUCAGACCCUGCACGUGCGGUGCGGGCUGUGCGGGGACCAGGGGGACGCGUGGAAGCUCUGGGCAGGGCCCCCGGGGCCGUGGCUGCCCCCCCCCCAGCCUUUCUGAGUACGGCGCUGGCUCCUUGUGCCCCCCCUGCCCCCGGGACUGGGCGCCCGCGGGGCUCCGGCAGUCCGAACGGUGCGGCCGCAGCUUCCGGGGCGGCAUCCUGGGCGUCCCAGCUGGGCUGAGCUGGGGGCAGUUCACAGGCCCCUGGGGGAAUGUUGGGGUUUCUCAGGGGAUAGUGGGGUGCACUCCCCCACGUCCCUCCACAUGUGGGGGUGAACAGCCUUUCCUCUGUGACUUUGCACCUUCCCUUCCGGUUAUGUUUCUGUCUGUCCCUACAUGAAACCGGCUCAGGAUCUCUGAUGAGAAGACGUGGAAAGUACUCGGUGGGGCUGCCAGGCGCUAGGCAGGCCCGCGCCACCCGCCUGCUCGUCUUCUGGGGCACCUGGACCUGACUCACCAGCCUGUGUUCACUGACCUGGGGUGUGGCCCCGCAGCUGCUCCUUGCCUGGUGUCACCCCUCGCAGCCACACAUCACCAACACCGUUCCGACCCACUUCGUAGCGACGCCGCGCACAGCGGACGCCGAGGCUCAGCUGGAGAACCCGCCGGCCGGCCGCCUCCUGCCGCCUGGCUAGUGACACGGCCGCCGGUCACACCGGUGCUCAGCGCUACCUCCUACUCACGGCCCCUCCCAGGCUCUGGGACUCUCCCGGGCUGGGUGUCUGGGAGGCAGGGUGGGGGCCGCGGCCUGGGUGUGCAGGGGCGCCCAGGGGCCCCGAAUGAGGCCUGGCCUCGGCAGGGUCAGGCAGGGGAGGCCACACCCGUCCCGUCUUGCCUGUCGGGCCCCCUUUCUUCGGACUUUGAACCCAGUCGCACAGACUGUGUUCUGAGGACGUGGACAGUCCUGCGUUCACCGUAUCAACACUACCUUUCGCUGCUGACACACCAUUCCUGUGCUCAUUUUGGGCGGUUUUUCUUUGUACAGUAAACCUAAUUCAGCUCUGA